AUGGCGCCGGUGUGUGUGGCCUGCCGUCUCUCGCUGUCAGCGCUGUUCCUGUUUGUGCUGUUUGUGUCUUUCGUUAUCAGUAAAGUAAGCUCACUGUAUGUGUAUGACCACCAAACACUGCUGGAUCUUCGCCCCUCUGCUAAGGAUUUGGUGAAAGUAGAUCCUGAUCACUGUGGUCACACGACGUUUAAGCCGUUUCACCCCUGCGGUAUACCUGCUCACCUUCGCUGCACUUUCGCUCCAUUUCCCCGGCGUAAACGCCGGCGCCGCCGUGGCAAACGCAGCGGACAGCAGGUGAAAGUUAAAUCUCUCUUGGCUCGAUCUUCCGUGGUUUCCCUGAGGAGAAAUGGAGUGGGAUCUGGUCUCUUUCCUCAUCUGCGAUCGCUGCACCCUGUCGACUCCUGGCUGGUACCUGUCGUCGGAUCCGAUGGGAUGGUCCGUCCCCGCGGCCCCUGCUCUCCUCGUCCCCGCCGGCGUGGGGUGAAUCCCCGCCAUCUACGGGCCCUGUGUCGGGCUCCGCGAUCAGCUGA